AUGUAUCAACGUUCACUGUGGAUACGAAGGUUUUGUUCAAAUAAACAACCCGCUGCUGACCUGAGGCUGUACGAUGGUCGAACGAAGGAAAAAGUGGGCCUGCGCGGCGGACAAAAACCUUACCUCUCAUUCUACACCUGCGGCCCGACGGUCUACGAUUCGGCACACAUUGGCCAUGCCAGCUGCUACGUUCGGUUGGACAUUUUACAACGCAUUCUACGCCACCACUUCCAACUACCACUGGUCACUGCGAUGAAUGUUACCGAUAUUGAUGAUAAAAUAAUUGUGCGAGCCCAAGAGAGUGGAACCGGUUGGAAAGAGCUGGCCCAUCGGUACGAGGCCGAGUUCUGGACCGAUUUGAGGCGGCUAAACGUUCGGCCACCCGAUGUUAAACUGCGCGUCACAGACCACAUUCCAGCCAUAAUGCGCUUCGUGCAGACACUGAUCGAUAAGGGUUACGCUUACCGUGCCGACGACGGAUCGGUAUACUUCGAAACGGGAAAGUACAAACGGUACGGAAAGCUGCAGAAGGUCAUUCUGGAACCGUCGGCCACGGCGGCAACAACUGACGGCAGCCACAAACGGCAUCCUUCCGAUUUUGCCCUUUGGAAAGCAUCCAAACCGAACGAACCGAUGUGGGAAGCUGGCUUCAGCAACGGUCGGCCAGGAUGGCACAUCGAGUGCUCCACCAUGGCAAGUCACAUAUUUGGCCAGCGUUUAGAUUUUCACGCCGGCGGACUGGAUCUGCGCUUUCCGCACCACGAAAACGAGGAAACGCAAAGUUGCUGCUACCACGGUGUGCAGGACUGGGUUACGCACUGGCUGCACACCGGCCAGUUGCAUCUGGCGGGGCAAACACACAAAAUGUCCAAAUCGCUUAAAAACACCAUCAGCAUCGCGGAACUGCUGGGCGCGCACAGUGCCGACGAGUUUCGCAUGCUGUGCCUCCUUUCGCAUUACCGCAGCGCGAUCGAAUAUGGUCCCGAGACGAUGUCUACUGCGAGUAACGUUUGGCGGAAGUUUGUAACCUUUUUCCAUGACUCCAAAGCCUACGUCGAUGGACGGAAACCGGCAACUUACAGUGCGGCACCGGAAAGUGCUCUAUUUGACAGUCUGCUCCACGUGCAGGCCAACAUCAACAAACACUUGGCCAACGAUUUCAACACCGCCAGCUCGCUGUUGGCACUCGCGGAUCUGGUUUCUACUGUGCAGCGAACGAUGAAUACAAAUGAGCGGGAUGCGUGCGAAUCGCACCUAAUCGGAGCGUCCAAUGUUGGUGCCGUUCUGGCCGCGACGAGAUACAUUCGAGAGCAGCUACAUGCGUUCGGUUUGCAAACCAUCGAAAACUCGCCAGACAGCACCGCGUUGGUCGCUGGAAAGCCGGCUCAAUCAAGAGCACUUGUUGAGGAGAUGGUAAAGAUCCGUAGUGAAAUAAGACAAAGGGCAGCCGAGACCAAGGAUGCGCAACUGUACCGGGUUUGCGAUCAGUUGCGAGACGGUUUGCGAACCGCAGGCGUGGAAGUGAAAGAUCACGGCAAAGAAACUAGCUGGAGCUGGAGCUAG